AUGCAGUCCAUCGAGAGCAAAUGGAUGGCGAUGUUUCUGCUGCUGUUUGUGGCAGCCACAAUGGAAAUGGGAGGAGCCUGGCCCCAAGACAAGGUUACUUGUCGCAUGAAAGGAAGCCCAUGCUUUGGUAAAUUUGUCAGAUGCCCAAAGGAGUGCCCACACAUCAAACCGAGACACCCGAGGGCCAAAGCUUGUUUCAUGGACUGCCGCUCCCCCAAAUGUGAGGCUGUGUGCCGAGUGCAAGAUCACUAUCAAAUUGCAGUUUGCCACAAACCCAACUGCGAAGGCCCAGGGUCUGGUUGUCAUGACCCUCGCUUCAUUGGUGCUGACGGUGCUGUGUUCUAUUUUCAUGGGAGAAAGGAUGAGCACUUCAGCCUGGUCUCCGACCCUCACCUCCAGAUCAAUGCCCGUUUCAUUGGCCUCCGGCCUGCCGGCAGGACCCGCGACUUCACUUGGAUUCAAGCUCUUGGGUUCAUGUAUGGUUCUCACAACUUCACUGUCGAGGCAGCUCAUGUAAAGCAAUGGAGCAACGACGUUGAUCACCUGAAGUUCUCUUACGAUGGAAAGCCUUUGCUGGUCCCAGAAGGACACCUCUCCCAUUGGAAGUCACCAGAUACAGAGCUGACUCUGGAGAGGACUGGAACCAGAAACAGCAUCAUGGUCGUGCUUGAGGGGAUUGCAGAGGCCAUGCUCAAGGUGGUUCCAAUCACCAAGGAAGAUGAUGAGUUACACAACUAUCAGAUACCAUCAGAUGAUUCCUACGCACAUUUGGAGGUGCAGUUCAGAUUCUUUGGGCUCUCACCUCAAGUGGAAGGAGUUCUGGGAAGAACAUACCGUCCUGACUACGAGAAUACGGUAAAGCGAGGCGUGCUGAUGCCUGUAGUUGGUGGAGAAGACAAAUAUAAGACUUCAUCACUCCUCUCUGCAGACUGCAAGCUGUGUUCGUUUUCUCUCAAGGAAGACAACGAGAUAGAGUUGCGCAUCCUGCGCUGAAGAUAGAACAUCCCCAAAAAAGUGAAGUAAAUUUGCAAUAAGAGAGAUUAUUUAUAUAUAUUGUCUUGAGAAUAAAAGAUGUGUGAAUCACGUCGAUAAACAUAAGUGCCUGUGUCUUUACAAAAUGGGUGUUUGCCAUGUAAUCUAUAAGAGCAUCACUUGGAAGCACAAAAUAUGAGAUUGAUGCAUAUGAUUUUAUGUUUGUUAAAAUUUGCAUUGAGAAUUGACAUUUCUACGAAACCAAGGACUCCAAGUACCGGCCUGGGAGUGGUCUGGACCGGCCGCUUGGCACGUGAGUCGGGAGAGAGACUCGGGAGUCUUCUUCCUCUCCGAGUCCGACUAGGAGAGGGGGGUUUUGACCAGGAACUCCAGCUGGUGAAAACCCAAGCACGUAGAACUCCAGCUGGCCCAGGAAGUUCACCUAUAUAAAGCCUACCCCUCUUCUCUCCGUUUGUCGCUCUUAAUCAUCGAUCAAUCGCCGGCAAGAUCCGUCCAAGCCCCCGGUUCCCCGUUGAGUGUUUCCGACGAGCCACCGCCGAUUCGUCGUUGGAACGAUGUGAGCCACCUCACCUUCCCUUAUCCAUGGGUUGCCGACCACCGCCGGCCGCUGCUCAUGUUCGAGACUGCCGCCCUAGCUGCCGGGUGGAGGAACUGCUGUGGGCCGUCGUCCCUCGGCACUUUCAUGGCGGGUUGAGAAGGAGAGGGAAAGAGACAUCUCCCCUGUUUUGAGCAGAGGAGAGGGCUCUCUCUCCCUUCUUUCCUCUCUCUCUCUCUCUCAUGUUUCUCUUUCUUUAUCACUCUUUCUC